UGCCGCUUGCCACAUCUGGAGACGCUUCCUAACACGGGAAACUUCAACUUUUGCGUUUACUCUGAGCAGAAACACUCAGGCGUUUGCGAACUGUCAAUCCGUCAGGGAUAAUUUAGCUUUCUCGUGAUAUCGUAAGUAGAUUCUUGAAGCCAAGUUGGCGUUUCUCUCUUUCGCUGAGCUUUUUUACAUCACCAUUGCUAAACAGAGCCAGUUUGGGAGUUUCAUACAUUCAGUUGCUGUGUGAACUGCCACGCUAGAUUGUGUUAUAAUUAGAACGCGGUUUCUGGGAAUAACAUAAAAAGACACAUGUGUGCUUUCAUGAGUAAAAAAGAAGGAAAUGGAACAGCAGCAGUUCGUUGAUUAAGUUGAUUCACGCAAACAAAUCUAUGAAGGAUUUUUAAUUUAUCGCUUUGCUCUGUCACAAGAUUAUUAUUAUUAUUAUUAUUAUUAUUAUUAUUAUUAUUAUUAUUAUUAUUAUUAUUAUUAUAUAUUUUUUAUCGUUAAAUGUUUAAAGUAAACCCUGUCUGAGACCACAGCUGCUGCUUCACUGCCGCCUGCACGAUAUUAGCCUACAUGACUGCGUUGAUGGUGACAUGAGUCAGAGGGAAUCAAAUUCAACAGCGACUUGUGAUGGAGUGAUACCUUUCUGGCUUAUUUGUGUCCAACACUGAUCUAACAUUUUGGAAGAGAGAACUGGAAUAAGCCAUAAGGCGCACAGCUCCAUACUGAAGUGUUUAAGUUAUAGUCUGAGGGGAAAUUUAAAAGACCUAAAAAUACAGCGUUGGUUUCUUCCCUACAAAGAAUCAUUUGAACUUCCCACCGCAGAGCGAGAGCGACAUAAAUAGUUCUGACAUGUGGAUGUAAUUUCAGAAGAGGAAAAAAGACAGAUGCAGAGAAAUAAACAGAGCGGGCUGAGCCUGAGCAUAUAGAUUAUAGGAAAUUAAAUCGAGGGCAGAGCGAGGCGAUUACAGAGUUAUGAUUUCACAAGCCGCCAUAAGCAUCGAUAGGCCAGAUGGAGUAAAAAAACACACGCGUUCCACUUUGAAGAGAGUUAAGUAGAUUAAAUUAUUUCAUCUGAGCAUCAUCAGUGCCUGUUUGAGCCCCGCAAGGACUUUUGGAGGUAGAGUUGCCUCAGGUCAGGGAUGGGAUCCGCUCUGCUGCUCCACAAUCUGGACUUUCUUCUCAUCUCACUACUCAGCGGUUUCUGCCUGGCUUUCGCAGAUGAUGUGCUUACGAUAGAUGAACAGAUAGGCCUGUUGGUCAGAGCCAAACGGAAGUGUGAGGGGAACAUCAAGUCAAAGCACAAGGUUCCUGAUGGUUAUUGCUCACCAGAAUGGGACGGCAUUGUUUGUUGGCCUGAAGGGCCCCCAGGAAAGCUUGUAUCCACCUCCUGUCCAGAUUAUAUCCAUGACUUCAACCAUAAAGGACUAGCAUACCGUCGGUGUGACAACAACGGAACGUGGGAACUGGCCACAGCCAACAAGACAUGGGCCAAUUAUAACGAAUGUGCAAAAUUCCUCUACCCUUACAACCACAGCCAUGAAAAGGACGUCUUUCACCGUCUGUAUCUCAUCUACACAGUCGGGUAUUCCAUCUCUCUGGGAUCACUCAUGGUGGCUGUGGUCAUCUUGGGAUAUUUCCGACGAUUGCACUGCACCAGGAACUACAUCCACAUGCAUCUAUUUGUGUCCUACAUGCUAAGAGCUAUCAGUAUUUUUGUGAAAGAUGUUGUGCUCUACUCUGGAUCGGCCUUAGAGAACAUGGAAAGAAUCACAGUGGAAGACCUCAAGUCCAUCACUGAGGCUCCGCCAGCCAACAAAACACAGUUUAUCGGCUGCAAGGUGGUUGUGACCUUGUUCUUGUACUUUCUGGCGACCAACUACUACUGGAUCCUUGUGGAGGGUCUGUACCUCCACAGCCUCAUCUUUAUGACCUUCUUCUCAGACAGAAAGUAUUUAUGGGGAUUUACUCUGAUUGGAUGGGGAGUACCAGCUAUGGUUGUGACAGUUUGGGCAACUAUGAGAGCCACGUUUGCAGACACAGAGUGUUGGGACUUAAGCGCAGGCAAUUUGAAAUGGAUAUAUCAAGUGCCUAUCCUGGCAGCUAUAGUGGUUAAUUUUAUGUUAUUUCUGAACAUCAUCAGAGUCUUGGCAACUAAACUACGAGAAACAAAUGCUGGAAGGUGUGACACAAGACAACAGUACAGAAAACUGUUGAAGUCCACGUUGGUGCUGAUGCCACUCUUUGGUGUUCACUACAUCAUAUUCCAUGCCAUGCCGUAUACAGAGGUGUCUGGAGUUCCGUGGCUGAUACAGAUGCACUAUGAGAUGCUUUUCAACUCUUUCCAGGGAUUCUUAGUUGCAAUUAUAUACUGCUUUUGCAAUGGGGAGGUGCAAGCUGAGAUCAAAAAGUCCUGGAGCAGGAGGACUCUGGCCCUGGACUUCAAAAGAAAAGCUCGGAGCGGCAGCAACACUUACAGCUAUGGGCCUAUGGUAUCAAACACCAGUGUUACCAAUGUCACUGCCAGAGGGCCGCUGGCCCUCCACCUCACCACAAGGCUGGGACCAGUGCCUGUGAACGGGCACAGGAACCUCCCCGGGUACGUGAAGAAUGGCUCUGUCUCUGAGAACUCUAUACCCUCCUCGGGACAGGAGCUUCACAUUCCUGAUGAGGACCAUUCGGCUCAUACACGGCCCUGCGAGAAGGAGAAACCCUCACCUGUGAUGGAGGAGGAGAGGGAGACAGUCAUGUGACCUCCAGGCCGCUGUGUUUAGGGAUGAAAACUGAAAAACAAAACCAAUCAUGAAACAGUCUCAGGGCGGUCUGAAGGGAAUGGCUGCAUGCAUUAACACUGCCAGUUUUUUCUCCUGUGAAUCAAGCCAGAACAUUGCCGACAGAUGAGGCUCACGGCAAAAGGGUGUAUCACUUUUGUGAGCUGGGCCACCUUUAUUUGACAGAUGAUGACCCUCAUUGGAGUGGCAAAACACUCUCUUUCACCAACCACCUGCCACAGUGAAUGUGUAAAAGGAUAAAAACAGACUGCCGUUUCUUAUUUCUUUUCCACUGCCAUAACUGUUAUCUUGUUUUCUGUUUUCUGUUUUCUUUUUUUUUUGUGCGCCGCUUUUGUGCAUAAAUCAUGGGGUUAGUUAGGUACAGUAGUUGCCAGGAACAGCCUUAAUUAUCACCUAUGUAAAGCCAGGUGGAUUCUGAGUGCACUUAGUGACACGUGUGGGCAAUUCAAUCAGCAAGUAUUUGGAUUAAGUCAGCGUGAGUAGAAGUAGUAAUUGUAGGCUCAUCUUAAAAAAAGAAAUGAAUGCUACUAUUUUAGGGCAUCUGUUCAUGCUUUCUGGCAUGGCAUCUCAUUUGUUAUGCAUUGACUUAAAUCCACUUUAGUGUAAAAGGGAAGGUACUCAGGUAAUUGAAGUCCUCAUUUGUUGCACACCAUUUUUUUUAUACUUUUAAAGUGGUGUUUUAGCAUGGUCAGCAUUUCUCUGAGGGUGUUGGUAUGUAAUAUAAGUCUGUGUUAAAUAUUCUUUUUUCAAAAUGUUGUACAGUUUCUGCUUUAGAAAAAAAAUUGUAUUCAUCUCCCUAAUUACAACAGAUUUCAACGAGUUCAAAUGAAUGUUUAUAUUCAGAUUUUCUCUCUCUCUCUCUCUCUCUCUCUCUCUCUCUCACACACACACGCACGCACACACGCACGCACGCACGCACGCACGCACACACACACACACACAAUGCCAAAGUAAGAAUAUCUUUUGGAGACCGUCUCUUUCUUUGGGUUCAACAUUAGUUGAGCUUAAGAAGAAAUGUAUGGAAAUCUGACAAAACCGGUAUCAUAUGUUCCCACAGUCAAGUUUUCAAAGUACGAGAACCCAGUUAAAAACACAGGGUGCAGGAAAUGGUCAUGUAUUCCAGUGGAAUGUUAAUUAAAUGAGGAUUCCAAGAAAAUCUCAUAUUCCAUUGGAAUUCCAAGAGUGACAUUUGUGGUAGAUAUGAAGGAAAAGCCAGACAUGAACAACACGCAGUAAUUCUUUCAGAUGGUCCAGUGUUAUGCUGCUUUUUGAUGUGUAUAUACAAGUCACAAUGUUUACAAAGAUCAGAAAUACAUUCUAAUUGUGAGCUAAUAGUGUUCAUGUGUACGAAUAUGUUAUAAUGCUGUUUCAAUGUUGUUGUUUUUUCAUGUAAUUGUUUACGGAAUGUUUGCAAUAUUUGGUUAUGUAUAUAGUCCAAAACAAAACUGGUGAAUAUAUGUACAGGUGACGGAGGGCAUUCAAACUAGUAUUUAAUGAAGCAUUCCACAAGAUAUUUUAAACUCUGUAACUUUUAAUGUUGCAGGUUAAGUGUGGUAAAUUAAAAGUUACAGAGUUUAAAAUACUAUCUGUUAUACCAAAGAGAAAAGGCUUAAUACCCUGCCAUAGAAAAGAUUAUUUUGCAGCAUUUCUUUCUGUUUUCAUCCACCAUCUUUACAGUGACCAAAAAUUCAUAAAAGUUGCAGUAAAAUCACCCUCUCUUACCAAACCAAAAAGUAUUUGCUACUGGUGUAGUUAGUGUAGGAAAAUGUCAAGAUAAAAGUGUUGAAAUAGUGCACCCACAUAGAUCAAAGUUUCUUUAGAAAUACUCAAUUUCAUGAAAACAGCAGUGAGGCAAAUGAGAAAACUAUUCACAACACUCAGUAGCUUAGUAACAAUGGACCAAGACCAUUAAUAUCAAAGGCAGUUUUGUUGCUCUACAUGGAUUUUUUGUCUGAAGUGCUAAACGAGUUGCUAUUUGGUUUGGACUAAUAUGUCUGAUAGAAUUGUGAUUUAGAUCCGAUUCAGCUAAAUGGAGUUUUACCUCACAUUAAUUUCAAUAUGUGACCAUAGCUAAUAUUUGCGGUUGGAGGCAGUGUUACCCCCCAUUCAUUUGCUCUCUUAUUCCAUCUGCUGUUGUGCUCCACUGGUGACUUCACACUGACUGAAUUAUGCUCCCAAUACGCUGAUCGCCAGUUUUUCUCCACCUGAUGUUAGAUCCAUUGAGGUGUAUGCUUUGACUCAGUUUUGAAAGGUUAAAGCCUGGUCUGUUCCAGUUUGUACUGCCUACAAGUCCAGCAAAUUUAUUCUGCUUCUAAAAGAGUAGAUAGAACUAACAUUAAUUUCUAUGUUUAAAUACAUGUAGACAACUUUACAAACUCUCCACUGCUUUUCCAUUUAGCAGAUGUUUAAAGGAUACGUCUGGUAAUGUCCUAUAUUUAUAUCUUAUUGUCAGCAAAUCCCGUGAUCCCAAAUACCAACACAAACAAUAAACUGACUUAUGUGCCAUAUGCCUACAAUGCAUAUUGUGGCCCAAAAAACUAUUAAAAUACAGUCUAAUACAAUAAGAAGUGGGCAUUGUAGUUUAUUUUGAGUCAAUCUCACAAACACCUGAGUCCUGGGUGCGUAAAUACUCACUCACACACCAAAUGUGUAAUAAACAGCAGCUGCAAAUAGACCC